AUGAAUACCGAAGAGACAUCAACCACAGAAAGCACAAGCACUUUGAGUGAAUUUUCGAUGUCGAAGUCUUCCGACGUAAUUCAUACAACGGCCGAACUGUACAAAGGAAAAUUGACAGUGAGUGAUGUGCGAAGAGUCGGCCUGUUUUUCGAGUCUCGCGCAGACUUCAUUCACAUCACUUUUGUCUCCAAAAAGUUUCAGGACUUUGUGGAUGGGUAUCGGUUCAACCCCAUCUCCGAAACAAAACUCUUUCCUUCCAUCGAGGAACAGCAUUUGUAUACCCCCAAAGAUUUACCAUCGCCAAGAUAUAAACAAUAUGUGUAUAGAUAUUCCGUCGACUAUUCAUUCUUUCUCGCUCACAACUGCGAAAACUGCGAUUUUAGAACAGUCACGUUCACGCAAACGUCUCCGAAACCAACUCAAAUUGGGUAUGGGGUGACCCACAUACUCUUCAAAGGAAUGUUUAGUAACACGCUCGAGAGUAUCGCGUUACCCAAAUCACUGAUUUCAAUUGGGGAGUCCGCCUUUGAAAAUUGCGACUGGCUGACUGCGGUGACACUUGGCGGCAUAUCGGAAAUGAAGAGGAGGUGCUUUGCCAAUUGUCGGCGACUCAAAGAACUGAAUGUGCCAAAUACCGUGAAGUUGAUUGGAGACCACUCCUUUGCAAAUUGCUCAUUAAUGACGUCCCUCACCCUCCCGAGUAAACUUAAGUUUAUCGGGAAAGGGUGUUUCAACAAUUGUGUUGGGUUAGUCAAGGUCCAUACCCAGUGCAGGAUAUAUCGAGGGCUUGUGAGCUAUCACGUCGCUAAAUUGAUAUCGAUGAACAUCACAAAGUGUGCCGAGAUCGAGUUCACUGCUUCUGACCGAGAAGUUCAUGGGAAUGUUAUACCGCAAAACAUUAAAAUAUUGGGGGAGGAAUGCUUUGCGGGGUGUAUGUUUGACACUCUAAAGAUCCCAAAGAGUGUGAUCGAGAUCGACACAAAAGCAUUUUCAAAGUGCACUCGGCUUGAGGGGGUGGUCUUAUCCGACUCGAUUAAAAUCAUCGAGGACGGUGCGUUCAUGUGUGACUACUCCCUCAAAGAAGUCGUGUUACCAAAUUUCAUUGAAGAGAUCUCAGAGAACUGCUUUCUGUGGUGCCGGAGUCUUGUCUCCAUCACAAUUCCAGAGAACGUCCGCUUCAUUCGGAAAUCCGCUUUCGAGAAUUGUAAAGCUCUCAGUGCGAUCAACUUCCCCAAUACACUGGAAGUGAUAGGUGACCACGCUUUCGCAUUUUGCGAUGAAUUAAAAGAAAUUUUGUUACCAAAGGGUGUGACGAGUCUUGAAGGGGAGUGUUUUAUUAAUUGUAGUAGUCUAAGUAAAGUAGUACUCCCCUGUGGAUUAAUUCAUUUUGGGGAGAACGUUGUGUCUGGCUGUGAUUCAUUACGAGAAAUAGAAACAAAUCCGCAUCAAAGCACUUUUAGUGCAAAAGUCCCAUUCAGAAUUGCUCAACUUCUUCUUAAAAACAACGUAAAAUGCUUGGACAUAGUAUUUACUAAAGAAGACCGACUGGUGUUUCCAGUGGGAGUUCCUCUUGGGGUCCAAGAAAUUGGACAUGGGUGUUUCUUCGGGGCAGACAUCACAUCAAUCCAAAUACCAACUUCAGUGACUCUGAUUGACGACUUCUGUUUCUUUAAUUGUCGGAAGCUUCGAUCAUGCACAGUCAAAGACACUGUGACAUUCGGCAAAAACUGUUUUGGAGACUGUGGAAUGCUCAACCCUAAGCCAGACACCGAAGCUUGA